AUUAGAGUGUAUCCGUAAUUUUUUGUGAAGAAAUAUUUUUUAGCGCUCCAUAAAUAUAUUAUGAAUAUCUCAUCCGAGGCUGUUCUGCUUCCACAUCAUCCACAUGCAUAAAAGGGCCAAAUAGAAGUUCUGUUUGCAUAUACGUACAUAGCUUAAUUAAGUUCAACGAAGGAACCAAUGGAUUCAGAGAAAAGUAAGAUCCUGAUAUUUGGAGCAACUGGGUAUCUAGGAGAAUACAUGGUGAAGGCAAGCAUAUCCAUGGGUCAUCCUACCUAUGCUUAUGUUCGCCAACUCAGAUCAAAUGACACUCUUUCUUCAAAGCUACAACUUCACCAGCAAUUCCAGUCCCUGGGAGUCACUGUAUUUCAAGGAGAAUUGGAGGAGCAUGAGAAGCUUGUUUCAGUACUUAAACAAGUAGAUGUGGUGAUUUCCACUCUUGUUGUUCCUGUAACGCCCACACCGUAG